AUGCCGAAGAAUAAGGGAAAGGGAGGUAAGAACAGGAAGAGGGGAAAGAACGAAGCGGAUGACGAGAAGAGAGAGCUCGUGUUCAAGGAGGACGGCCAGGAGUACGCCCAAGUCCUCCGCAUGCUCGGAAACGGUCGCUGUGAGGCCAUGUGCAUCGACGGCACCAAGCGCCUCUGCCACAUCCGCGGCAAGAUGCACAAGAAGGUCUGGAUCGCCGCCGGCGACAUAAUCCUCGUCGGCCUCCGGGACUACCAGGACGACAAGGCUGACGUCAUCCUCAAGUACAUGCCCGACGAGGCUAGACUCCUCAAGGCCUACGGUGAACUCCCCGACACCACGCGCCUCAACGAGGGUAUCGGUGCCGGUUUGGACGAGGAGGACGACGCCACCGCCAACGACUACAUCGAGUUUGAGGAUGAGGAUAUCGAUAAAAUCUAA